CGGCGGCCACUCGUGCUCGGGUUAUGGCGCUGUGCAGAACAUGAGCGGCGACAUGUUUAACGGUGGCGAUCACUAGGGGUUCGCCAUGAAGUGCACAGAGGCGGGGGGCGCCCGUUAUCGCGCGUGACGAGGUGAUCGUUGUUCCCGGAGAGGACGCGUGGUCACAGCAGAUCCGGCGUGCGCUGGGUUAAUCGCGGCCGCCGUGUGCGGGAGGAUUGGGCGGGUUUGCUGCUGUAGAUCGAUGUGAAGACCGGAGGAGGAGGAGACCCAGGCCGUCAGGUCUCCGGAGAACACAUGCAAUUUAAGAUUUAAAAAAGAAAAAUUGCAAUAUACAACAAUACAUUUUUGGAGUAAGAAAUCUGAACCUUCUCGACUUUCAUUAAAUCCAGGAACUGUUUGUUUUGAACUCCACAUCAUCUAAAGAAGUUGUCAGUGUUACAGUUGAUAAGUAAAUGUGUUCCUUCUACAUGAACUGGUCCUUUUAAAUAAUAAAUAUGUAACUAAAGGGAAUUUUUAUGCGAACAAGCAAGAAACCUUGGAACAGGAACCAUGAUGAAUAAUAUGCUACCAAAACAAAUGUUGGAAAAGUUCAACUGUGAAAAAUGCAGAUUUUCCACAAAGGACCCAAAUAAGUAUAGAAACCAUGUGUCGCUUCACAAUGACAUUAAGUAUGCAUGCUCACAUUGUGACUUUGUGUCUUACACUAAAACCGAAUUUCAAAAACACUUGGUGACACAUACUGGAAAGUUUCCUUACACCUGUGGGUACUGUGGAUAUGGGGCCAUUAGAAACGAUUACAUUGUCAAACACAUCCGAAGAAUUCAUGGUGAUGGCAAGAUCCUGUGUUCUGUGAGCACCAUUGAAAACGAGUCCAAGAAAGCAUCAAUUAACAUAACACAAGCUCACGUUUUGGCACCCACUGUCCAGAACAUCUUACAGAACAGCCCUUCCUCAUUCACUGAAGACAUAAUAGACCUAACAACAGAAGUAGAUAGUCUUGGCUCAAGUAGCAAUAAUAUUUUCCCCAAUGGAAAUAACAUUGCAGGUCAUGUCGAAGUUGAAGUAAUUUCACCAGUAGACCAGCAGCUAAAUCCAUGGAUACCAUUAACUGUGGUUGCACCAACAUCUUUUAGAGUGCCGCACAAUUGUAUUGCUCAGGUCGUGGAAGUGAAACCAGUCAACAGUGCAUGUCACUUGGUUUUGAAGUGUUUGAAUUUGGUCGAAUCUGGUAUGCCAAACCAACCUGUCACUACUGAACAUAUUUAUGAACAAAAAUUUUCUGUACUUGCCACCUCAUCUAAAAACAUCACAGAAAAUCCAACUAAAAACAUCACAGAAAAUCCAUCUAAAAACAUCACAGAAAAUCCAUCUAAAAACAUCACAGAAAAUCCAUCUAAAAACAUCACAGAAAAUCCAUCUAAAAACAUCACAGAAAAUCCAACUAAAAACAUCAUAGAAAAUCCAGCUGGUCCAUCAUUACAGGAGUGUGCAGUAUUACGUGAUGUCUGCCAAGAGAAUGUAUUGUGCCCGUCAAAUGCUGUUUGUGCAACUGAAGAAAAUCGUCCCACCAAUGUGACCUAUCCAAAAGAAAAUACCAAUGAAAUAAUAAAUUCUAUCAAUGAUGUUGUCAGUGGCAUGUUUGAUGACCUUGAGGAGUUUUCUGGAGGACCAAUAAUUUCAGCUGUGUUUUCUCUAAGUUCUGACUCUCAAAAUACCAUUGAAGGUAUACAAUGGGAAUGUCCAUUUAGCAGUCCAAACACAGGUCCAUCAAAUGAUGCUGAUACUACACCCUCCUGUUUGAAUCCCCCUACCAUUCAAGAAGGACCUAUUGAAUGUGGCUCUGAGUUAAAGCUGCAGCAGAUUGAAAUGGACAAAUCUCAGGAUCUUGUCAAAGACGUUGUCAUGAAGAGUGAAAAAGAAACCUCUAUAAUUAUUAUGGAGGACGUUAAGCAAAGCACUGAUCCUGAAAUACAGUUAUCUAUUAAGACAGUACCAACAGAUGUCAAGAAGACUGAAUGUCAGCCAUUUGUUAUUCAGAAGAGCAGGAAAAGUGGGCGUAUAUCCGAACGUCUUGUCAAGAUGGAAAAAAUCGACUUUAGCAAGCCCCAGACACUCUUUUUAUCUUGUGACAAAAGAAUAGUCAUGCAGCCUCUUUCGUGCACAAUGCAGAAUAAUAAUGAAACAUCGUCUCUGAUGGGUAAAGUUACGCCACAGCUGCAGGUCCCAAAUAAAAUGAGAAGAGAGAAUGCAAAAGUGAAGCUUAAAAAAGUGUUGGCUACAACUAUGAAAGCCAGAUCCCCACCAAACCUAAGAACUCUCCGACUGUAUCCUUUUAAGGUGGAUCAGGUGACGCACAUGCCGAGCUACAAUCAACCUGUAGUUGUAUUAAACCACCCUAAUCUGGAGUCAAUGGAAACAUCUCAUAUUAUGAAAGCGAUCCAGGUGUUUAGGGGCAAAAUCACAAAAAUAACACUGUCCCAGCAAAUGCUUAAGUACGUAUGAGAACAGUCUAGUUGUCAAGUGUUGGUCUUCAUACACAAUAUCCGUUUUCAACUUUUUAUUUUUUUUGUCUUAGAAUAAUUAAAUAUUAAAGCCAUGGUUUUGAACUAUAUUUUUUGCAUUAGAUGUGCUUUAGGAUGCUCAGUCAUUCAGUUAAAAUUUUCUAAAUAUGUACAUUUUGUUGUUGGGUCUGUUGAUCUACAUUCUCCUCAUUGUGAAUGGAGGUUAAUUGGUAACUAGGGACUCUAAUUUUUUAAUUUGUGUCUUCAACAAGGCAUUAGAACCUUUCUACGGUCUAUAGGACCUAGAUACAGGGUGAAAAAGUUGUGAAGGUUUUUUCACCACAGACAUUAAGGGCAUAUCUUAUGCUCACUUUACUUCUUUCACACCACAAAGUAUGAAGUGACCAUUUAUGUACAGCCUCCUGCCCUCUGCAAACAUGGAACAUGAGACCACUUUUUUCAGGGUCUUAUCACCUUAAAAGGAGUUGUCUGGUUUCCACCUAGGUAUCAGCCUAGAAUAAAGAACUGAUAAGUAGUUAGCAGAUCCAGUGCCACCACUUAAGUUCUCCCGGCUGGGCUUUAUUUACCGAGAUACAUCAUCCAUCACGUCGACAAUAACUCACUGCGGUACCACUGAAGGCCAUGGUUGGCUGCAGCGGUCACUUGUCAAUAUGAUGUCACACCGCAGCUGGGUAAAUGGAGUGCGGCCGAGACAACUGGAAUUGGGAGGCUGCAUCUGGCAGGUAAGUACUUUACAGUUCUUUAUUGCAGGCUGAUCCCGUUGUCCGGACUCCACCUGAAAGCAGACAACACCCUUCAAAUGUUAGUGGGUCGGAAAAGUCUGUUAAGCCAGUAUUCCUACUUUUGUUUUUAAAGCUGGCCUUACAUAUUCGAUGUAAAUCAGCUGGAUCGGCCAACAAUCUAAUGUGUAUGAAGACCUCUCAACUCUUUCCUGAUGGCAGAUGUUGGAUGCAGAUAAGGAUUGGGCUUUCGGCUGACAGAUAUCUAAUGUGUAUGGCCAAUAGAAUACUAACCAUAAACAGUAUUUUAUGGGUUGUGGCAAGUUUUGAAGUUAUCCCCUAUCCACAGUAUAGCGGUUAACUGAUUGGUGGGGGUCUGACGACUGAACCUGGCACCGCCCCUUUAAAAUGCCAUCAUUGACGCCACUUACAAAUACAGUAAAUUCCCGUUAGCUUCCUUGUUAACUAAAAGAUUUACUUAAAGGGGUUAUAGGGGGAGGAAUAAAUAGUGAUGUCCUAUCCUCAAGAUAGACCAUCAAUAUUAGAACGGAAAUGGUCACCCAGCACCCCCGCCGGUUAGCUGUGAUGUCUCCGUAAAUCGGUCACAUUGCCUAGGUGCAGAAGGGGGCUCGGACCUCCGACGAUCUGAUAAUGAUGACCUGUCCUGAGGAUAGGUCAUCCUUUUCAUUUACCGGAUCACCCCUUUAAGACUAAGAAUGUAAAGAAUUUUUUCAAGAAGUGGUACAUCUCUUACCGACAGGCUUUAUCUUGUUUGAGUGAUGCCGAUCCAUCCAUGGUAGCCUAAUAUACCCUCAAACUGCUAUUGCCAUCAGUGUUUAAUAUUGAUUAUUGGAUUCUGCUAGCAAGUCCAUCUUCCACAUAACUGGGGGUAUGACUUGCGUGUUGGGAUCAUUAAUCCCAGUGCCUAAAUGAUUGGUUGACUGUAUUAUUUCUGAGAUUAGCAAACACAUUCAGACACCAAAGAUCCUUUUACACAGACUAGUGUAUAGGCAAUUAUCAGGAAAGAACAGAAUAUACCUGAUAAUUGCCUGAUUGGGAGCGGAAAUGAUGACCACAUUUCCAUCCAGCAAUCAUCUCUGUAGAGGUACGAAUGAUCACUACUACGAUCGCCCAUCCCAUACAAGUUAAUUGUCUCUAGGCAGCAGCUCCCGGUUUACAUCAGAUGAUCUGCUGAUCAGAAGCAAUGAUUUUGGGUGCUGUAUCAGUGAUUCUUUCAGCAGAUGAAUGAGCAUUUGCUCGCUCAUUGGGUAAUCAUUGGCACAUUUACAUGGGCCAGUUAUCAGGAACGGUCGUUCUCGAUAGCCUGCCACUGUUGAAGGACCUGAAGAUCAACAAUCUCGAUACCAGAGCAGUGCUUCCAGAGGUGAAAUACGUCAUAUUACACAGAUCAUACAGUGAUAAGGCAUGUGCACUGAGGCCAUGCACACCCUCGUUUAUAAAAAAAUAAAUAAAAAUGUACAGAUCUUUUUUUCUGCUCGGUCAGAUGCCAAAUAUCAAAUGGGUUUUCUUCUAAGAUGUAUAUUUAGAAUUUCUAAGGAAUAAUUCUGUGACAUCUUUUCCUAUAUUGUGCUGUAAUUCCCUCUGUUAAUGUACAGAUCUGCUGACAGAUGGCCGUUAAGUAUCCACAGGUUACAGCAAUGUGGAGUUCUUUGAGGUGAGCUGGUAAACCUAUUCCGAUCUCCUACAGCUUAGAUUUGAGAAAGGCCUCAUGCACACUAAUGUAUUUUCUUUCCGAUAGUAGAUAUAUAAGGAGAAAGGUGGCUCCCCCUCUGAGAAGAAUAUGGUGCUCUAAUCGGGACGCUGCUCCUAGUCACUAAAAAUUACUAGACAAAUGGAUAGGCACUCAGACAUCCGGGGUCACAGUAAAAACACACGUUUAAUAUAGAUAAUAAAACACAAUAAAUUCUUUCAUGCUCGCUAAUAAAAAUAAUCUAUCAUAGAAUCGCAAGAGUAAAUUAGUAAAUGCAGUACUUGUCGUGGAAAAACCGCAAGCAGUAAUUAGAGGUUAAACUGCAUACACAGUCUGUCAAAACCCACAUUAUAUCUUGUCACAAUAUAACUGUUACCCUUAUGCAAGCAGAAUGACAAAUCACUUUCUAUCUACAGUUGCAAGAAAAAGUAUGUGAACCCUUUUGGAAUGAUAUGGAUUUCUGUACAAAUUGGUCCUAAAAUGUGAU